CACCGACCGACGCUCUCGACAAACAUAAACAAAAGCCACGCGGUCGCAGUACGCGUCACGAUUCUAGUCGCUGCUGCCCGAAAUUUCAGGGAUUCGGGAGAGAAAGUCGGACAUAAAGUAUACGAGAAAACACGCACAACGAGAGGAACGGGAAGCGAAGUUGAAAUGUUUGGUAGAACGAAGGAGAAUCGUCGAGAAGCGUGGCGGAGCGCCGGAGUAUGGCGUGUGAGAAAUCGACGUACACUGUGUACGUAGUAUAUUUAUAUAGUCCGAGCUGAUUCCGAUUGGCCGAGAAAGCAGUCGGGGCAAUACAGAAGGGUACAUAUAACAUCGGCUCGAGCGGGAACCUUCGACUCAGAACGUAACAGCGUUUUAACGUGAUAGCGCGUCCGCGAGCACACCGCAAGCGAGAGAAUAACGGAUUCACGCUUGAAAAAAAAGGAAUUUGCAUACCGACAUUGGUUAAAGUCCGGAUAGAAUUGAAAAACGAACGUUCCUCUGGUAACUUGUGCAACGAUUCUUUCGUGACCGAAAGAGAAGGAGAGGGAGAGAUAAAAAAACGUGCUACGCUUUUUUUCGAGAUUAAAGGAAAAAAACGAAGGAAAGAGUGAAGUUUCCAAAAUCAACCCAGCGGCAUAAUGAAGAGACCACUUUUCAGCGUUUUCAUCUUGGCGAGCCUCAUGGUCGCGAUUGCGCACUGUUUCCCAGGUCCAAUGCGUCCAGAUUUAGAGGAUAACGAUGAAGAUGGUCCCGACUCCGUGCUCGUGAUGCCAGGAAGAAAUCCGUUCUCGUUGUACCGACCUUUCUUCCGGAUUUCUGAAUUCCCGAGUUUCGACGAUGAUUCCAAAGCCUCGAGUCCCGAAGAUCCAUUCGAUGCGGACUUCCCGUGGAGAGAAUCUUCCUUCGGUGGCUUCUUCGACGGUCUUCAGGGUCUCAUGAACAGAAUCCAAAAACAGAUGGCCGAUGUCCUGUCCAGCUUACCGAGGCCAGGGUCUUUUGGUCCCGGGGGCAGAAUCCCCGAAGGAGGAAAUACCACAUCAACGACCAAGAUAAUCAACGGUCACGUUGUGACAAUAAACGAAACGACUUAUCAGAGCGGCAAUAACGAUUCGAAUAUCGUACUGCGCGUGAACAUAGUCGACGUGAAACCCGUAAAUUCGACGGGUGACGGAAACGGCGAGGAGGUCGAGGUUGAUUUGGGUGGUGGAGAGGAGAUCGAGACGAUAACUACUCGAACCAAUGACUCAUCGAAUAACAAUGACACGAGCAACACGAAAAAACAGGAUGCGGGCGAAGAGAGAACGACCCAGGCGGCUCGCAGCGUUGAAACUGUCGAGGAUUCGGCCGGUAAUGAGAUUCCGAUGAAGGAACAAGUCGACACCCUUAAUGCUUAAGAGGAACAAUGUUAUUAUGUUAUUUAACACAGAUAUCGAUUUAUCUUUAUCGGGAAGAUAUUUCUUAAAAGAAUUUAUUGCCGAUGAGGCUCGGCCUUUAUUUUAUAAAUCUCUAUUUUCGAUGAAUCUUUAUAACCAACUCGAAUAUAAUGUCCGUGAAUAUUGUACUCCGUCGUACGCUUGCGCCAUGGAAGAAUGAUUAAAAAUCAGUGACCCGACGGCGAUCAGAUGGUAAGUGAAAAUUUUGCACGAAAGAACGUACGAAGACAGCGAUUUUCCUCACGCAACGGGAGAACAUUUCCGGAUAAAGCAAUACGAAAAAUUCAAACUCCAAUAAUAAGAAUUUCAAUAUUUUAUGGAAAAUAAAUUUGCUUACCUGUGUCGUAUCAUACUCUAUCGUUAUAUUUACAACGCGGCGACCAUCUAAUCGAACGAACGCCAGUGUCGACUCGUCCGCGCAUCGUACGUUCUUACAUCCGGUGGGGAUAUUUCUCGAGAUUCCGACGUCGGUUACAAGACGACGAUCAAUUAUCCGUGCCUAUUUUUCAUUCCUAUGCGAUGUGCAACGUGUGAUAAUAUAUAGAAUCGUUGGAGAUCGUUUCGGUGAAUAACGCCCUUACUUUCUUCUAUCUCCUCAGUUCGCUUUCCAAGCGAUGAUACACGUCCUAGAAACUUUUAAUGUGCAAGGCAUACUCCAAUUCGUGGUGUUACAACGAUUGUCACUCGAACAAUAAUAAUCCCCUAUUCCCAAAUAACGUUAUUCAUAAGUAAUGUAAUAGUUAUUGUUUUCCUCGUUGUGAGGCAAUUGAGGUGGCGCGGAUACGACUUUUGUUAUUUAUUAUAGACAACAGAUCGAAGCAUUCUUUAAAAUUAUAGCGUUUAUUCUUACUUUGUGGAAACUUUGUGGAUACGUUGACCCAUGGCUAUUUUCCUAUUUACUCGGGUACUCCAACUUGGAAUAUAUACGAUAUACGUAUAUAUCGGUGAAUAUAUAUUUGUGUAUUUUAAUAAUAUAGAAGUGAAAAAAAAGUAUUGAAUUGAAAAAUGA